AUGUCGCUUCCAUAUGACAUCCUCGUCGAUAUCGUGGCACGUGUACCAAGAUGCUAUCAUCCGAUUAUCUCUCUCGUUUCAAAGAGUUUCCAGUCACUAGUUGCUUCGCCUGAGCUAUCCGCGAGACGGUCCUUGUUAGGCUACACCGAACAUUGUCUCUAUGUUGUCCUCUAUGAGUACGACACCGAUAUAUCCUGUUUAUGUAUUCUCCGCCGGAGGAUCAACAGCAACCGCUUGGUCAUUAUCAAGUCGCUUCCUCUUAUGCAUUCCUGUAGAGUGCACGUGCAGCACAUCUUUGACACUCCUAUGCGCAUGGGAUAUAAUAACUUUGCUGACGUCAUCGACGGUAAGAUUUACAUAAUCAAUUGGGAGAGAGUCAUGGUGCUGGAUACAAAAACUCAAAUGUGGGAGCCUGAGAUUAAAAAGCCUGACAUAGAGGUAGGCUACUUGUUCAGUGAUUCUGUUGUGAUGGAGGAUAAGAUUUACAUGAGAGAUCAUUUUAGUAGCUUUGUUUAUGAGCCAAAGGAAUGUAGGUGGGAAUUAGAGGAGGUGUUGAAUUCUAAGCAUUGGACGAAUGCAUGUGUAGUUGACGAUGUAUUGUACUAUGACAAUAUUCUCGCGAACGAGUUGAGUGCGUAUGAUCCAAAGCAGAGGUGUUGGAGAGUGGUGAAAGGUUUGGAAGAAUUAAAGAGUAAGACGAGCGGUUCAUGUGGGUCGAAUAUGGUGAGUUACGGUGAGAAAUUGGCUAUGUUCUUCCAGAAAUAUCAUGAUGCCAAGAAGGUAACAAAGGAUAUUUGGUGUGCGGAGAUUGUUUUGGAAAGAUGCCAAGGAGGAGAAAUUUGGGGUAAAGUGGAGUGGUGCGAUAUUGUGAUGGAAAAGCAUUUUGGUUCCUACAUUAUGAAAUGCUUAGCUGUUAUGGUUUAA